CCUGCGACUUCCGACCUCAAGCGCAAACGCAGUCCAUCCGACGGCAUACAUGCGUCUGCCUCUCACUCCGGCCCCCCUCCCGCGAAGCGAACCACGAAUACUCUGCAGAUCAAUUACCUCGCCCGCCAAUUCGAAGAUGAUCUCCCGCUCGUCUCCACCGACGACACCAUGCCCGCCAUCCUGCAUCUGCUGGGCGAAUAUCAAGGUGUCCUCGACCGCCACGAGUCUAUGGGCGGGAACCUCGGGGCCCGUCCGCUCGGCCCGAUCCUCAUCAAGCGCUUCGAGCGACUCUUCGACGGUCCGCCGAGGGUGAUCAAAGCGCAUGGGAAAGACGGCGGGGCCGCCGGGGUGACGUGGUUGGAUGUGGUGGAGUUUGCGCGGAACAAGCCCGAGCAGUUCACGCUGGGGCAGAUGAGCGAGGGAGUGCGGGUAUGUCAGUUCUACACGAAGCAAUGUCGCGUGCAGGUUAGCGAGGAGGAUUGGGUGUUGAUCAAUAGCGGGAUUCCACAGAAGAUGAUCCCGCCGCAGCCGAUCAUGGAGGAUGAGGAAAAGGAGCUAGGGACGUUGGAGAUCUUGGAGAAGAGUUUGGCGAGUAUUUUCCAUUUGGCGGAUCAAGUCGCCGCACGCUCUCGCCAACUCAACCACAAGCUCAAAGGACGUAAACAAGCCAUCCUCGACCGACGCGCAACCUCUCCCUCGGUCUCCAUCCGCUCCUCCUCACCGUCCGCUCUCGCCUACCUUAACGGUAUUGCCAGUACUUCUACCGCUCUUACCACUACUGGGCCAUCUGGCUUCACCGCUGUCAACGCGACUCCUCACCCAAGCUCGUCCACCAAUGGCGACAAGCCUCAUCAAGCGUCCGGCGCAUCCAGCGCCACCACCCGCGCGGAGCUUCUCUCGAAAUUCCACACUCUCGCCGACCGACGCGCAAGCAGUGGCAGCGUCAACGGUGAUCUGCGAUUCAACACCCCUCGGGCUAGCACCGGCGGUGCCUUGAACUCCCCCGGCUACCCCACUGCCAACUUUACCUCCGCACCAACACAUUCCCAAGCGCACCCCUCCGGCACCAUCUAUGCGCACUCCCCCAACUUCCCUCCCCCUCGCGCCCCCGACUCCGCCACCGCAACCCCGACCGCCCCUCGGCCCGCCCGCCUCCGCCAACCUCCCAACGACGACGACGCGCAACCCUACCGCGCCCCUAUGGUCGCGAAGAUGGAAGCCCUCGCGAAGGGCGACCGGGUCAUCCCACCAUGCGAUCGCUGCCGCCGCCUCCACAUGGACUGCAUCAAGAACCUCACCGCCUGCCUCGGCUGCACGCGCAAGCACGCGAAGUGCAGCUGGUGGGAAGUCAAAGCCGGCGAGAUGGACAAC